AUGCAAGCCACGCAAACGACGUUGGCUGCGGCAACACCGGAAGUAUUUCACCGCUCGGAUUUGCGGGAUCUUCCGGAACAACUCCGAAGAGAGUUGCAAGUGCCGGAAACAGAACCAUACACGGUGGUUCAAGUUGAAGGGAAUAAUAGCAUUGGUAUGAUUUCAAAAACUGUGUGGUAUCUGCAACAGACAGUUUGGAACACUAAAAGGGUGGCGGAUUCACGCCUCAAUGACACACAAGCAGGAUGGUUUUUGCGCUCGAUGCAGCCAUUACCUCUUGCUGCCACUCCAAUAUACGGCCGCACAGCGAAUAGCAGCGGUGGAGCUUCAUGUCCUCGAUUGGUGUCCGAGAGCAUGUGUGGCCGUGAUAAACGAAAGACGCGUAAAGCGCCGUAG